UUUCAGCCUUGACAAGAAUCUAGCUAAAGCCAUUUUCUCCGACAAGAGUCCCCCUGGUCCUGACUCACAUCAGUCUCGGGAAUCGAAUUCCUUCCCUUAAAACUCGUCCGAGAGAAUGGCUGGGUACAAGGCAGACGAGGAGUAUGAUUAUCUGUUCAAGCUUGUGCUGAUUGGGGAUUCAGGUGUCGGGAAAUCCAACCUCUUAUCCAGGUUCACCAAGAACGAGUUCAAUCUCGAGUCCAAGUCCACUAUAGGUGUUGAAUUUGCCACCCGGAGCCUCAACGUAGAUGGAAAGGUUAUCAAAGCUCAGAUUUGGGACACUGCGGGUCAAGAAAGGUACCGAGCCAUUACCAGUGCUUACUACCGAGGAGCAGUUGGUGCACUUCUAGUUUAUGAUGUCACGCGACGUGCUACUUUUGAGAAUAUUCUUAGAUGGCUAAGAGAGUUGAGAGAUCAUACUGAUCCAAACAUUGUAGUGAUGCUCAUCGGCAACAAAUCUGAUCUUCGACAUCUCGUGGCCGUCAGCACUGAGGAUGGUAAAGAGCUAGCCGAGCGGGAGUCACUCUACUUCAUGGAGACUUCUGCUUUGGAAUCAACCAACGUCGAAAAUGCAUUCACCCAAGUCCUUAAUCAGAUUCACCAUAUUGUAAGCAGAAAGGCUGUCGAGGCUGGCAAUGAGAUGACCUCCUCCAUUCCGUCGCAGGGGAAAACCAUUAACAUCAAAGAAAAUUCAUCUGUUUGGAAGAAACUUGGGUGCUGUUCGAGUUAAAACGUCGCUGGAAAGAAUUUUGGGUAAUUCAUACUUAACUAUUCUGAUCUCUUCGACAAUAUUUAUUCGCCUCCCGGCAUUUGAUUUUCUCCGGUCAGUGUGUAACGUCGAAUCCUUGGAAUUAAUUCAGGAAAGAAUUUGAGUACUACAAGGUGAAUGUGAAGGCUAUGGACAUUAAGCUUA